AUUGCUUUGCUCUGCAAACUUUUAUUGGAUCACCCCAUAAAAUAAAAACACGUGGACUUAAGAUUGUUUACCAGUACGAUAUUUUAUAUAUAUUCCUUAGGUUAAUUUAUGUGCUACCGUACUACUGACGAUAGAACAACCCAAGUUCUAGCUAGGCAUAUAAAACGUUUGGCUCAACUUAAUACAAGAAAAGAAUGGCACGACCUGUUGUUGGACAACGACGUGGCCUUGGUUUAAUGUUGUUAGCUGCUCAGAUAUUUCAAAUUGGUACUGAUAGGAUUCCCCCCAUUACAUUGGCAACUGUUAUACUGAAUGUUGCAAUAUACUUGAGACUGAUACCGUUUAUGCCAAGUGUUCAUGGAGCAUGUACAAGUAAUAAUCUUGUUAUGAGUAAAAAUCAAUGGCUUAGACUGGUUUAUUCUUCUUUUUAUCACCUGGAUGACAUGCAUUUGUACUUUAACAUGGUAUCCUUCAUCUGGAAAGGCAUAACUUUGGAAAGAAAAUUAAAAAGUCGAAUGUUUCUAAUACUAUUAGUAACAUUUUCCAUUCUUACUCAAAUAACUAUGCUGCUGAUUAAUCAAAUAUUUGCUCAAAUAUUUUCAAAUCAACAGUAUUUAUAUUCAUGUGCAGCUGGAUUUUCUGCUGUUUGCUUUGCUUUUAAGGUUCUCACAACUGCUGAUUCAGAUAACAAUGUAUCUGUUAUGGGUAUGCCUAUCACUGUACCAUCGCGAUAUGCAUGUUGGGUUGAAUUAAUACUCAUCCAAAUUCUAGUUCCAAAUGCAUCCUUUACUGGGCAUCUUGCUGGUAUUUUAGUUGGUCUGAUGUAUACACAUGGUCCACUUUCCAAGAUUUUACGCACAAUUGACUUAAUUUUUUCAGUUUUUACUGAUUAUUCACAUCGUUUUUCAUUUGAAAGAACAGCAAGAGAUACUGGGAGAACUGGACCCACUCUAAACAGACGUCACUAUAAAGGCGACGACGACGACGACGAACAACUACAGCGUGCCAUAAGCGACAGUCUUCAACAAACAAGGGUCCAGCAACAAACCAGACCACAGCCGCCGCCAUAUGGAUGGAACAUUCCACAAGACAAUCCUCCUACAUACAAAAACAAACUUUAUCCAGAUUUAACUAACGAAGAAUCCACUUCACACACUCCUUUAGCACCACCAUAUGUCAAUGACAGACAUUCUUCCCCCUAUAACCCAUACUACACUGCGGAAGAGAAUAAUCAACUGCCAUACCCAAUAAACACCCCACCGUAUCCGAUGAGUGACAUUUUACCACGUGCAGCAUUACAUAGUAGUGAAGAUCCAGGAAGUACUGUUACGUCUGACAGCAAAGAAGAUAUGAGAAGUGCUCGACUAAGAAGAUUUGAUCGAAAAUAAAUGUUCAAGUAUAGCAACUAUUCUUCCUUGACAUUUUCAAGUAACUGGGAUGCUUAAUUAGCGAUUAACAGCGAUAUCCUUUGCACUUAUUAUAUCAAGAUAAAAUUGCUUUUUUGUAAGACGUUAUUCAUGAUAUGAGUGAUAGAGAUUGAGGAUUGUGCAAUUUGUCGACGUUCAGAGGGACAAGUUAUCUUCAAAUUGGCAGCCGCUAUGUACUAGGCACGAGCAAUAUUAAAAAAAGCAGUUUAAAAUCUUUAAUUUUCCAGCGUUUGUUAAUAGGACUAUAUAAUUUGUUGUUACAGACUUUUAUAAGUUUUUUUGAUUACGGUAUAUUUA